AUGCUGGCGCGUUGCCGUGCUUUCGGUUUGGCGAUCCUGACCCUGAGUCUGAGAGCAGGGGCGACUCGCAGUCACGAGCAUCCGGCGGCUUUUCUGGGAGUCCGAGGUGCCCAGGAACUCCGAGUGGGGAUGGUCCCCAGUGCCAUCAGCAGAGCGAUUCAGCACGCCUUGAGGGAUUCCAGGUCCCACUUGAAAGCCUUGACCGCAGCAGAGCAAGAGGCAGCCGAGAAGAAGGUCUCGGCCGACAGCGCUUUGGCCAAGAAGGUGGCACUUGAAGAAGACAAGCGCAAGCAGGAGGAAGCCUGCGAGGAGGAG